CACAUUCUUAGGAGAUGUCUUGCAGCGAUGGUGCGCGUCCAACACGUAAAUUCGGCACAAAGUCACCGAAAAAGUUAUGCGUGACCAAAAACGAGAGCAGCGAUAAGACUACAACGACCAUCAGCUGCGCUGGUCACCGGCAUAAUCAUUAUCAUCACGGUCAUCAUCGUUUCCCAGACGGAUCGCAGCCGUCAGUACACAAACGUAAUCUUUACAUCGUCUCCUUUCCGCUGAUACUACUAUUCAAUGUGCUGCGAACUCUGCUGUAUCAGCUGUUUGUGGUAUUCAAAUAUCUGUAUACGUCCACGUCUCAGUUGAUCCAGCGCAGACAGGCGUCCAAACAAACUUGUCAAUUGGAGAUUGUCGUUGGACAAAAGCCAACGGAUAGCCAUUUGAUUAAUGGUAGUCGGAUAGAAGGAGAAGUUAUGUCACAAAUGCCUAGGCGGCCUAUUGGGCCAGGUCCUGGAGAUCCAUUGCUAGCUAAACAAAAACACCAUCAUCGCAGAGCAUUCGAGUUUAUUAGCAAAGCACUCAAGAUUGAUGAGGAUAACGAAGGACAGAAAGAGAUGGCAAUAGAAUUGUACAAGAAAGGAAUUGGAGAAUUGGAAAAGGGGAUAGCUGUGGAAUGCACUGGUGGACAUGGUGAAGUAUGGGAGCACGCACAAAGACUUCAUGACAAGAUGUGUACAAAUUUAGCAAUGGCGAAAGACAGACUCGAUUUUCUUGUGAGUGUGCGUGAGCUGAGAAAGCUGGGUAUCAACAAUAAUCUCAACAAUCGCGCAUCUGGAAAUAAAACGGACGGCGAACAUCCGGGAAAGCAUCUGAGGGCUCGCCGCAACACACAUACUUUUCAAACUAUUCGAACUUCACCCAACAUUAAUCACAAUAAGAACACAAACAAUAUGCACACGGCGGUUAAUGCCGGGCAGACUAUAUGUACCCAGAUUCCCAAGUUAAGGCCACGUUCACCAAAAAACUGUUUCGCUCAUACUACUGAAGCAUCCGGUAGGAAACUGUCGGUUCCUGGGAAACGAACGACAGGAACACCUUUAAGUAAGAGCCAGACGUUGCCUCGGAGCAUGGGCAGAUCGACCCCUAUUCAACCUUGCCACAGGACCAUGCCUAUCAAACCGUCCUCCACCCCACCCUCUGUGAAAAGACAGCUAUCUGUACCAGGCAACGGUUCACCUAUAAGACGUCCAGGAACACCGACCACUUCGAGCAGUAACAGAAGUACGCCAACCAGAAAAAUACCCAUUUUAAAGGGCGUGGAUCCCAAACUGGCGCAAGUGAUUCUCGACGAGAUCUUGGAAGGAGGCGCACCAGUGCAAUGGGAAGAUAUCGCUGGUCAAGAGACUGCGAAGCAGGCUUUACAAGAGAUGGUAAUCCUACCGUCGUUAAGACCCGAGUUAUUUACCGGUUUACGAACACCCGCAAGAGGAUUGUUGUUAUUCGGGCCACCGGGAAACGGAAAAACAUUGCUGGCGCGUGCCGUUGCGACUCAGUGCAACGCAACAUUUUUUUCAAUCUCUGCUGCUAGUCUCACGUCCAAGUAUGUCGGAGAGGGUGAGAAAUUAGUGCGGGCUCUGUUUGCAAUCGCGCGAGAGUUGCAGCCCUCUGUUAUUUUUAUCGACGAGGUAGAUUCAUUGUUGAGCGAACGAAAAGAUAACGAACACGAAGCUUCGAGGAGAUUAAAAACGGAAUUUCUAGUCGAAUUUGAUGGUUUGCCAUGCAAUCCGGAAGAGAGAGUGCUCGUUAUGGCUGCAACAAAUAGACCGCAGGAAUUAGAUGAGGCUGCAUUAAGGCGAUUUACUAAACGCGUGUAUGUCACAUUGCCUGAUCUGCAGACAAGAAUUAUGCUGCUCCAAAGACUCUUAGCCAAACACAACGAUCCAUUGACGCCCGAAGAAUUGAAUGAGAUGGCAGUUCUGACGGAAGGAUAUUCAGGAAGCGAUUUGACUGGAUUAGCUAAAGAUGCGGCACUUGGGCCUAUCAGAGAACUGAAUCCAGAUCAGGUGAAAGAAUUGGAUCUCAAUUCCGUUCGUAACAUCACAAUGCGAGAUUUCCGUGAUUCCCUAAAGAGAAUUCGCAGAUCCGUUUCACCGGCAAGUUUAGCUGCCUAUGAAAAAUGGAACUUCGACUACGGAGAUGUGAGUCUUUGAUUUGGGAUGAGCCGCUCGGAUAAGAGGUUUCAGGAACAAUCACAUUUCGAUUAAAUUUAAUCUGCAAAACGAGCCUGAAAGCGUUCCAGACAAACAUUCGUAGCUAAAUAUAAAGAAUCAUACAAUACCGAAUGUUUACAUGAUAGUAUAAUUCUUGUAUUUUUAUUCCAUCUUACGAACAAUAUUGAUGUUUACGGAAAAGACGGCAAUAUGGAACAGUUAAACAAUAGACAAUGAGAAAUCGAUAUAUUGAUAUUGAUAUCAUUAUUGUCACAUUUCACGUUAAACUUUGUUAUCUGAUUCUCAUUGUACUUUGACAUUAAAGCAAUCUUGUAAUCUCGUGAUGAAUGAAACUUGGGAAUGACUUAAUGUCAAAUGUAUCUUACGAAUACGUUUCUUACGAAUACGUUGAUUUUAUGAAACAUAAUAUUCCAUGUGCUCCAUAUGCUAUAUGAGUAAUCGAAUAUUUAGAUACAAUUUACAGUUCAACUCAGCUUUAACGUUAUCAGUUCGAUAUUAAAGAAAAAUGCGUCUUUAUGUUAUUUAUAUUUAGUUCUAUAUUUGUUAUUCUUACGAUUCAUAAUUCUCUUAAUAGCUGGUAUUUGAAAUCUAUAUUACUGUGUUACGAUAAUUUACAUUUAUAAUAUCAAUUGAAAAGAUUACCACAAAAUAUUACCACAGUUAAUGUGUUAGACACUAUAAAGAUGUGCAUUUAAAAAAGUAUGAUUAAACGCAGAGUUCACAAUUGGAAGGAAUAUUUUCAUAUAAGUUGUAAAUAUUCAGUUAUUGUCAUUUAAAAAUUAUCACAAACGAGUUAAUAUAGUACAAUACAUAACAUGACCCGACUCGUGUUUGCAACAAUAGGAAGACUACAUUUGCGAACAGAACAAUGCACGUCCAAUAAGAUAAUAAGAAAUAAGAUAUAUCAAUGACAUGUACAAGAGAAGAAGACAUAGUUAUGUAAUUGUUAUAUAUUUGUCAUGCAAAAUAGUGGAAUGCACGUAUGUAAACAGAUAUUUCUGCAACAAAAGUAAAAUCAAGUGAAAAUAAUAAUUAUCUGUACGUGUCGAUUUUAUAAAAAUUGCACUAAUAGAUAUAUCUUCAAGUGCGAAUAUCGAUCUUGUUACGUUUGACCAUUUCGAAACCAAUUCGUUAUUUACUUAUUGAUACAUUAAUGCGUUAUAAGAAAUUAUAUCGAUCAUUAUGAUGCAUGCAAUCACAUGCAAAGAAAAAGAAAAAUGAUAGAAACAGAAAUUCUGUUACAAAAUAACAAAAUUUUAUAAGACAACGAACUGAGAAUCUAAUCUGUGCUAUAUAAAAUCCUAAGUAUUUAUCUAGUAUAAGAAUUAUGCAUAAGCUCGACGGACAUUGUUACAUGAAAAAAGAUUAAAUCUGCAUACACAUGCACAAA